AUGACGAAACCCAGAGCUAAAGCUAAUGCUAACGGCGCUGAUGGAGGUAAUGCUAGUAACUCCGGUGGAGGCAAUGCUAAUGAUUCCGGGGAAAUUUCGGGGCAGUCCGCUAUAUUGCAAGCAAUUGACACUUUAAGGACCGAGAAGAUUGAGGAGAAAGCGGAGAUGCAGAAAGACGAGCUGGCCAAGCAAAUCAGCGGACUGAGGGAUGAGCUAAUGGCGUCCAUUGACCAGGCUAACAACAGAGUUGGCAUGCUAGAUGAGCGCACAGCUAGCCUGGAGGAGGCCGUGAAUAUGCAUUCCAAUAAGAUGGCUGAUCUGGAGCAACAAGUUGUUGGAUUGAAGAAAGAGUUGGAGGGCUUAUUGGCGAAAACGGAAGACCUAGAAGCGAGAUCCCGGAGAUGCAAUUUGCGCAUUUUCGGGGUUAAAGAAGGCCAGGAAACGGGAGCAAGAGUUAGUACUUAUGUGGCGGAACUUUUGCAAUACGUGUUCAAACUGGAUACUGAACCCGUCAUAGACCGGGCACACUGCACGCUACAGAAAACCCCGGACAAGGGCCACCCACCAAGGGCUUUUGUCGUAAAGUGCCACUACUACCAAGAGAAAGAUGCCAUCCUGAGGAAAGCUCUUGCGUCCCAAAGGCUGGUUUCUAAAGACGGGGAUACUGUCAGAGUGUUUCCGGAUUACACCCACAACGUAGCACGACAGAGAGCAGCAUUCAUCCAGGCAAAACAACUUCUGAGGCAGUGUGAAGGAGUGAAAUACGGACUUCUAUAUCCAGCGAAACUGAAGAUUACGACCGGAGAUGGAGAACAAAAGAUGUUUACAGACCCGAUGAAAGCUACAACGUUUGCAAGAGGACUGUUGGAUCGGUAG